AUGUCCGCUUCUAACCAUGUCGGCCCGUCGCUGGCGUGUGGCUUGCAGAACCGUGCAGCCCCGAAUACGGGAGCCGAUCCGCGCCGGAGUCUAAACAACUCGGAAUGCAUGGCUGGCGAGAUAUUGAUACCAGAAUCCUGCUAUACGUGCCCUUUUUCCACAUUUAUUGCUUCGGAACAAAAGUUUUCGCAAAUUUUGUUUGCUUGGCAGGACAAACAAGCCGUGGCGAAGCGACACCAGCCCGCCAGAAUUUUCACGGCUGGAAAGCAAAAGUUCCUGCGCCUUGCCAAUAGAGGGGUGGCGAUGCUCGUUAAAAAAUGCGGCAACUCGAAGGAGAGACCAGAUGCCCUGUCUCACGCCACCCCGCAAAACGUCUUACAACGCGCCGGCCAGACAACACUAUCCGAUUUUCUAUAUCUAGGCCGCUUCUCCCCGAUGUCUCCUUCCUCGAUCCUUUUCUCUAACCGCAACCGAGCCUCCCUCCAGACUUAG